AUGGCUAUUAACCAGACACAUGUUCAUCCGCAUUACACGUUACCUGGUGUAAUGCACUACUUGCAAACGGAAUUCACGAAGAAUGAAAGAGAUAGAAUCACUUGGGAGCUUGAAAGGUCGGAAAUGAAAGCAAGAAUUGCGGAACUAGAGGGGGAAAAUAGAGAUUUGAAACAUCAAUUGAAUCAAAUACAGUCCAAAGCUGUUUCUGCUGAGGGUGAAACGGCAAAAAAACCGGUGCCUGAUUCAUUAUUGAAAUCCAAGCUGGCUGUUCAAGAAAACGUGAAGGAAAUUAUUUAUUUGCUGAAAAGCCCUAACACGGUCAAUCAGUUAGAGUCAUUAAAUAGCAGAGAUGCUGGUUCCGAUUUGCAUGAUUUAGAGAAACUGAACAUGAAUACUCCCAAGGAGGAGGGCAGUGCCAAGACAAAUGGAAUGGAUAUUUUGAAUAAUGCUCUUUUAAAUGUCAAACCGAAGCCCAAGCAAGACUCUUCAAGGCCGUCGUCACCGACUAAAGUGAAAUCCUUGUUUAGUACAACUAAUAAACGUGAAAAUAAUAAUACAAUAUCGGAAAUUCACUCUGAAUUACCGAAAGUCGACAUUAUCAGCUCUUACGGUGAUCGUAUGGCACUCUAUGAUGCGGAUACCAAAUCGUUAGAAAUUCACCAAGUGGAUGCAAACAUGAAUUCCAAAUCUGUAAAGAAAAUGUCUCUAGGGCAAGAUAGCAACAUCGUGAAAUUGUUAUGGGUUUCGACCUCCAAAUUCAUUGUUAUCGAAAAGAGUUUGCAUUUGAAAUUAUUCUCUAUUUCCACCGCAUCCUUGAUCUCGGAUCUGGACCUAUUACAAAACUCAGAUCAGCAGUUUUCGUUUAGUGAUAUUAUUAAUAUAGAUUUCAAAAAUAAAUGGUUGCUGAUAGCCGGUAAGAACAAACCGCAAAUCAAAAUUUGGGAGUUGGGUAAUAUAGAGGCUACUGAGGAUGUCCCAAUUAACAUAAAAGAAACGUAUGACAUAACUCAUGAUAAUGAUAACGGUGGGAGUAAUGAUUCCACCGACAUUCUGGACUGUAUAUUGGGUAUAACAGAAAAAUCUUUAAUAUUACUGUCUUCAAACCCUUACCAGCUCACUAUAUAUGAUUUCGAGGGUAAACUUCUACAAAAAAUCGAUUUGAAGAUCGAUACAAUAUUAUCGGGUAAGCCAGAUGAAGAAAGCUACCAUUUGUUUUUGGAUAGAAAAACCUCUAAACUACUAAUUCAACUAAGCAAUGAGAGGUUGUUGGUUUAUUCUUUUGAUAAGAAAAAAAUUGUUCUAAAGGAACAAUUGACUCCAUCGUCAACACAACCAAUACAACUCAAUUUGAAUGACGGCAUAAUCGCUAUAUCAUAUAAUAAUGGAGACUUUGAGUUUAGGAAUUUAGAUGACCUGAAACCGUCAAUCGACCAAUUUGUUGUAGCAAACAUCAAUUCCUCAGAAAGCGAAGGACCUGUGAUUUUUUCUUCAAAUUUAAUGGUAGAUUCCACACCGGUAUUAAUCACCGUGAAUAAAAAUAAUGAAAUCCUCUUGCACAAGAUUAAAAUAUAG